AUGGAGAAGAAGGGGGUUGACCUGUCGAGCAAGGCGAUCUCGCUGACCGAGGCGCAGGUGGAAGAGUUCCAGGAAGCCUUCGGGCUCUUCGACAAGGACGGCGACGGGAGGAUCUCCUCGGAGGAGCUCGGGGUUGUCCUGAAGGCCUUGGGCCGCAAGCCGACCUCCGAGGAGUUGAAGGCCAUGGUGGGGGAGGCAGACGAGGACGGCAGCGGCACCAUCGAGUUCCCAGAGUUCCUGAAGCUGAUGGCGAACAAGCUCCACGACUUGGACUCUGCUGAGGAGAUGCACGAGGCUUUCAUGGUGUUCGACCGCGACAAAAGUGGCAAGGUUACCCCAAGCGAGCUGAAGCACGUCAUGAACAGCCUCGGCGAGAAGGUCACAAACGAGGAGAUCGAAGAGAUGAUCAAAGAGGCUGACAUUGAUGGCGAUGGAGAGCUUAGCUUCGAUGACUUCAUGCAGUUCAUUCAGAUGAAGGGCUUGGGUGGCCGCUGA